GCUCUCUCUAGAUUUGGAAGAUCCUACCAUCAAAUCCUUGGUCUUCCUUCAUUUAAUGUGGCAUACAACAAAAUUCUUGCAAAGGUUAGAGAAAUGGUCCAGAUUUCAACUCAUUUAUCAAUAACGAGGAUCUCUGAUCAGUGGGAUUUUUUUUCCUUCUAUUUUCAUUUAAGCCAUCCAUCAAGGGACCCACUAGAUGAAUGCUCUGGUCACCAUUUGGUGGAGUAAAAGGGUAGUCCUCUUUAACAAUGACAGAAAUCAACUAUUGAAUUCUUGCAUUCUAAUUGCACUCUCAAAUGGAAAAUAGACUGUUAUCUUGAAUUCUUGCUGCCGGAAGAGAAAAUGCUAACAGAAGAACAACUGACCAUGUUGGUCUGGGAAGCAAUCAUUGAAACAUCAGAUACUACUCUGGUAACAACAAAAUGGGCUAUGUAUGAACUUGCGAAAAACCCCAAGAAUCAGGACUGUCUAUACCAGGAGAUUAAAGAAGUUUAUGGGCUGCAAAAGUUCACAGAGGAACAUCUGUCACAAUUACCAUACUUCCAAAUCCUACUGAGAACCAGGUUGGAAAAAAUGUAUUAUGAAGAGAAGCUUUCUAAAAGAACACCUGAUGAACUUGAAAUGAUAUGGAAAUAUGUUGGAAGUUAAAUGAUCUUAAAUAACUUGACGUUUGUCCUCUUCAUUUUUUCUUGUGCUUUUCACCAACAUUGGUCAGGUUACUAGUUUGCAGGGUCCUUGGCAUUUGUUUUUGAAACAUUCCUGCCUUGUCAUACUUAUCUUAUUCUUUGUCAGGCUUUGAAAAAUUCAUUCUAGAAGGGGUUCCUCUAAAUGGCUUUCAUAGCUAGUUUGAGAAAUAAAUACCGACUAGUCAAAUUCCAGCUUGUUGCUUUCUGGUAUUUCAAUUCACUAGUGGGCAUGUUUAUGGCUUCACAUGGUAUGUCUGGAUACUUCUUCCAAACUAAAUGGUAUUUACUGUGCUUUGUAAUUUUAGUUUCCAAGAUAUAAGGUAUGAAUACAAAGGUCUUAAUAAGGUCUGGAUGGGGAAAUUAGCAGAGGCAAAGGCUAGUGGGAAUUUUAUAAGGAUUCGGGAAGCACAUGUAUGGGUCAAACAGUUCCUUGAUCAAUCUAUUUUUGUAGUUCUUAUGUUGAUUGUUUUAUCUUAUUAAAUGCCUAGCAGGUGCAUUACACUCUCUAGUCCAUAAUUGUACACAUUUCCUUUGUGUCAUUGCACUUUUUUUGAUGUCAUGUAUUGGUUUUACAUUUAGGUUUUUCAUGUCAAUUUGCUGAUGUGCAUGUAAUGUUGCCAUGAUAUGACUGUAUGGCAUGCCAUCUUCUUUCUCGAGACUAUUGCUAAGGUAAGUUUUAAGAAUGAGAAAUGUUGAACAAUAUUCUCAUGAAUAGG